AUGACAAUCGUGACGAAGUGCUUCCUCGGUUUAAUCUUCUUUACAACAGUCUUUGUCAAUGUGUCGAAUGCAUUAAGUUGUUUUGUUUGUGACUCGAAAGAGGAUGAACAUUGUCCUGAAACAUGGACACGACGUGAUAUUCUACCCGUCGAAUGUGGUGGACCUGAUGGCGUCCAAGAUGCACGAUUUUGUAUCAAGACAAUAGCUGUUUUCGGAGGUGCUGUGGCUACAAAACGUUUUUGUAGUUCUCGUGAUUUGGAUAAUCAAUGUAUUGAAGUGAAAUAUCCUCAGGAUGAAAAAAUGUAUUAUUCGUGCACAUAUACAUGUUCAUCGGAUGGUUGCAAUGGCACAUCUCGUUUGCAUAUUCCAUCAUUUUUUAUAUUCUUUUUUAUUGCACUGCUCUCGAUUCGUAUCUAA